AUGAAUGAUAGUGGCGAUACCUAUGACACCCUUCAUAAAAACGGCGGAACACGCCUGCCGAGUCGUGGCGCUGCUUCGUCCGCAUCUCUUAAACCUGACGACGUUCAAUCCCAUAACGAGAAUCAUCACACCAAAACAUUCCCCCGGAUCUCGAAACCUAUCGAACUGAUGCGUAACAGCUACGACACAGUCAUCAUUGGGUCUGGAUAUGGGUGUGCCGUAGCUGCUUCCCGGCUAGCUCGAUGUGAGGAUGCUUCUGGGAAACGGCAGUCUGUCUGUGUGCUAGAACGAGGAGCUGAGAAGUGGCCCGGCGAAUAUCCCAGCGGCGUCCCUGCUGCAGCUCCCGGGAACCAUGUGUCUGAUAAGGUCGCCCCGACUUGGUUCCCGCCCUCGACUCGCCAGGAUUGCACUGGACUCCAUGAUGGCUCGACGAGUUCCACCUCGGUGGCUUAUCUGGCAGACGCCUGGAACUGGGGCGCUGAAAUAUUCUGCGAGUGCAAGGUCCGAAAUGUCAGAGAGGCCGAGAAGCGGGACGGAUAUAUCGUCUAUUUCGCCUGGCAGGGCCACUACAAGGGCUGUUUCGCGCCCGGUUUCCAGGGAGACCUCAUGUGGGUGCACGCAAAGAGAUGCGUCGUCCUAGACGCCGACGUCGUCGGCAUAACCGAAAUCUUACGCCGAAGCAAAGAGAUGGGUCUGUCAAUCACCCACCAUGCCGGGCAAGGUAGAAGCGGGAAUGGUGAUGUACUUGCUUGUAUGACCCGAGACGGCAUUGGAGGCCCCGGAGUUGCUUCUCUCAUUGGCGAGGUGUCCACAAGGGAAGACGACGGAGCGCAUUCGAGUCUUACUAUCACGGAAGCCACAGUGACCCCCGCACCCAUGGGCCUCACAACCUCGACCACCAGAACUGCGCUUGCCGAGGGCUCCGUGGAUCACUACAUCCGAAGGGAAAAGCUGACGAUUCACAAGAAGCCUAGCGGCAACAUCGAUCUCCUUGGGGAGCCCAGAUUCCCUCCUCCCAGGAUAUCCGAUGGGGGUCUUGACUCGGAGGGAAAGCAGAUUAGAAAGACAUGGUCCAAAAUCAACAGCGCGAAGAUGGCCAAGGCCCCCGGGUUCGGCUUCACUGAAGUCAUGUCGGGUUUCAUUCGUCGGGAUGCUAACCUCACGCUGGACAACCGCGAGACAUACGAGCUUGCCUACCGGACUGCCCAGGGUCUUUGCGAAACCGCAAGACUCUUUCUCCAUGUUCGGACUUUCAACACCAGGGCCACCGUCGAAGACCCUGACCACUCCGCUACGCUGACAGGCACCUUUGCCUGCCCGGUCAUCCCGGGAUCUCCAUUCAUGGCCCAACGCGGCGACUUCAACCUAUUCGUCUCCGACCACAAGUCAUCUUGCACCCGCAACGUGACGUAUAACUUCGACAUGCGAGGCGUUGACGGCAGGCUACUUCACUUUCACGGCUACAAGGUGGUUGAUUCCUCCGUAGCCUUUGCCCCUUUCCGGUUCUGGCGCGCAACCACCACGCUCUAUGUGACUAUCCUCGAGCCUCGUCAGGACAAGGAGGCAGUCUCGGCGCACGGCGAGCCAUGGCGCCGUGGCCAGGUAUUAGCCAGAGGCAUUAUGCACAUCCACCCGACCGACUUCCUCUCUCAGCUUAUGACCAUGACCCCGACAGGAAGCGGUCUGGUGAAGAAAGUCUACAGCGCCACCAGCUUCCUGACGUAUUUCUCUAGCAAAUCCCUCUCGCUGAUUCUAGGGUCGUUCGCUCCCUUGGAGUACCCGCGCGCAAUCUACAAUGGAUACAUCAACGACACGCCUCCCGAUGCCUCGUUCACCAUCGUAGCCUCCGACAACGUGAAGACGCAGAUGCACAUGUGGAACGCGACGAAUGUCGACCUGGAGACCAAGAACCUCUUCAUGAUCCCCGGCGCUGCAGUGGAUCACCGCAUCUUCGCCUUGCCCACCAUCCGCUACAAUGCCGUCAAUUACUUCACGCGAGCGGGCUACAGGGUCUUCGUCCCCGUGCACCGCAUCGGCCAACUCGCAGUCGCCCAGGACGACUGGACCACGCACGACGCCAGACUAGAUCUCCGCGCUUGCUUAGAAUACAUCCGCAACAGCCCCGAGUACAGCGGCGGAAACGCCCCCGGAAACAAGACCUACACCGUCGCGCACUGCAUGGGCAGCGUGGCCUUCGCCGCCGGCCUGCUCGACGGCACCAUCCCAGCGUCCUGGAUCCUCGGCGUGACGGCCAGCCAAGUGUUCAUGCACCCGGUCUGGAGCCAGCCCAACAUGUUCAAGAUCCACCGGAGCCCCCUCGCCCUCGACAGAGCCUACAAGGCACUCCUGGGGACCUGGUUCUCCUGCAGCACCGCCCGGGACGACACCGUCCCGCAACGCCUCCUCAACGCGCUGCUGCGCUUCUGGCCCGAGCCGCGCGGCGAGCUCUGCGCCAACGCGGCCUGCCACCGCUGCACCCUCAUCUUCGGCCGCUGCUGGAACCACCGGAACCUGAACGAGGCGACGCACCGCCACAUCGACCGGUUCUUCGGCGGCGUCAACAUGACCCUGCUCCACCUCCUCAUGAAGCAGGGGUGCGAGGGCCACGUGUUGACCAACGCGCCGCGCUUCGACCGCCUCACCGCCUGGCGGAACGUGCGGCGGCUCCGGGGCUUGCCGUUCUUCUUGUUCGUGGGCCGGGAUAACGCCGUCUUGACAACCGAGGCCACGGAGCGGACCUAUCAGGUACUGUGCGACGCUUUCGGGUCCGGUGGCGACGACCUCGAUGAUGAUGCCGGGGGGCAUGGUCGGUUCCGGCGGCGCGUUAUCCCCGGGUACGGUCACUUGGACUGCUGGAUCGGCCGGAAUGCUUGGAAGGACGUGUAUCCUCUUGUCAGAGAGGAGGUUGACCGGGUCGUCAGGGGGCCUGGGUACGAGUUUCGGGAACCACACGAUCGUUUUCGUGUUAUGGUGGAGAGUGGUGAGCUGUUAUACUAA